AAAGGGAAGGUUGACAAACACAAGGCUCAACAAAUUAAUGAUUUGCUCGAGACUUUUACAACUGUUAUCAAAAGUGCGCCGAAAUUAGAGAUCGUUGAUGAGCCCAAAGUACAGUGUGAUGCAGUCAACAAUAACAAGGCACAAGAAGCUGAUGUGGAAGGAUCUGAAUAUGCGAAGAUCUCGAUGCUCAAUGUACUCGACAAGCUGGACAAUAUGCUCAUUUCUCUUGAAUCGGAACUUUUAAAUGAGUUGCUAAAUGAGAUUGAACAACUUCGCGUUGGACCGGCGAAUAAGAUGAUUCCGUUGAAACUAUUCAUCAAUGCCAUGGAGUCGAUGUUGCAGAAUAUCACUGGAAAGUUCCAAACGAAAGAUGCAGAUAGGAGUACACCAGCAAAAGAUUUUUUGAAGACUUUUAAGCUUCUUUUGAAAUGGUUGAAGGUUCCGUUGCUUGCCAGUUUGCUGAAAAAAGUCGAGGAAGAAAUUGACAAACUCGGAGACAUUGAACAAGUAAUCUUGAUAAAAUAUAAUGUCAUGAUCGGUGAUGUUAACCAACAAGUUCGAGAUUUACUGGUGUUCCUCGUGGUGUCAUCCUGA